AUGCAGGGUUCAGAACCUCGGGUUAAGAAGAUCAACAACAGUUGCCGCAUGGAACUUAUCAGAGAUCUUAAGAAAGCUAUGUGUGCAGAGUACGAUGAUGUCAAGAGAGAUCCUGUUGUCACACAUAUCAUGGCUAUUGCCGAAAAUGAUCUCAAGUUCUCUGGGAAACUAGUGGAUAGCUUCAUAUGUAGGCAGCUGAUUACCUCAAAGCUGCAUGAGAAGUGGUUUGUUUUUGCGAGGAUGCCUCUCCGGUUUUCGCUUCAGGAGUACCAUGCUGUGACAGGCCUCAAGAUUACACGGGAAACUAACAGUGACGUAGUGAAAUGGAAAAAUGACGGGGGUUUUUGGAGUAACCUACUGCACACAGGUGGUAAGAUCACCUUGCAGUCGAUCAGAAAGGUUCAUCUACAAGAAGUUCACACUUGGACGCGGCUUGAUAGGAUGAGGUUGAUCUACUUGUGUGUAAUAGUGGGUGUGGUGAUGGGGAGAGAUGAGAAGGUGUCCAUCCCUCAUAUGUACAUCAAGUUGGUGAUGGAUUUUGACAAGGUUCGGAAGUUCCAUUGGGGUCUUCACUCGUAUGAUUUCCUGCUGAGUUCGAUUGAGAAGGCUGGGAAGAAGUUGGGUAAGAAGGAGAGCUACAUUUUCGAGGGUUUCUCCUAUGCUCUCCAGAUUUGGAUUAUGGAGGCAAUUCCUGAUUUUGGAGAAAUAUUAGGCAGAAGAGUCUCAGACAGCUUCAAAGUGACUGGUAAUGGUGAUGUGUUUCUAGAUGUUGACUAUAUAAGGAAGGGUGAGAUGGAAGAUGAACGAGUGGACCUUCUUUUGGAGAGGAUCAGGAACAAGUAUGAUUGGAGCAGCACAGACUGGCCAGUUUUAGACCCUGAAGAAACUAAAAUGGAGGAACCCGACUGCCAUGAUAGAGGGUCAGAAGCUGAUAAGAGCGUGGAUCAUACGGAUGUUGUACCAGACGAGGAGACCUCUUCGGUUAAGGUUGCAGGAAAAGGCAAGAGAAAGUUUCUUGAUGAAGGAGCAGAGACAAGAAAGAAGAAGGUGCUGUGUAAGCGAUCAGCAGAAAAGUAUCUGACUUUUGGUCCUGAAACUAAGAGUUUCAUUGCGGGUCUUAUCCGCACAUCUGUCACUUCAUUGGGAAAUGUGCUCAGUAUGCAAAUGGCGAAUAUGGAGAGGGUGUUUACAGAGAGGAUGGGGAAGAUGGAGAUUGAUGUUUCACAGCUCAGGGACGCAAUCAGUUUGACUGGUGAAGGAAACUAUCCUAGCAAGAAAGAAGCUGAAGAAGCUCCACUAAACAGCAAAGCCAAGCAAGCUCCACCUAAGAGCAAAGGCGCUCAAGCUCCACCUAAGAGCAAAGGCGCUCAAGCUCCACCUAAGCGCAAUGGCGAUCAACCUACUCCAACAAAAAAGGAUGGAAAAAAUAUUGCUACAGAAACUAAUGAUUUUGAUUUCGGAUUGAGUACACAAGACUUGCGGGACCUGUCCCAAGCUACAUUUGCUGAGGAUGGCUCCACUGCAGUGGAUGAUGAGCAAAUAGAUCGAACCAAAGAAGACUCGCCAGAUGCCGCGUUGGUGUUUUUCCGUGAAGAGGAUUGGGAAAAAUUUAGAACUUGGUCAACUUCCUCCACACGUCUACGGAUUGGACCUGCCACUUUAGAUUUUGAGAUUGCUAAUCGUCUUAUGGAUAAAUCUGAGUGGGUUGAUAGCUUGGAGAUUGACGCCGCAAUGUACGUAUUCCGGGAGAGAACAUCUUUGAAACGAUGGAGACCUCAUCGUGUCGCCUUCAUGACUGUCGUCUUCAGCAAUAUGAUUAAAAAAGAGUAUGGUCAUUUAGAAGCUCAGGGUAGAAAGAGCUACAUGCUUCAUAAUUUUCUACUGCAGUACGGUAAAGGGGUCCUUCCACCACAUGGCAGGACACAUGAGAUAUGGAAUAUAGAUGUGGAUCGGCUGUAUGUCCCUGUUCAUGUCAGUGGGAAUCAUUGGAUCGCCUUGUGCAUCAGUUUCGUGACGAGGAGCAUUGAUGUGUUCGACUGCUCGGGUAGGAAAAGGUACAAGGAGGUGGAUGGGUUCGCAAACCUUAUUCCGCGUAUUAUCAAGGCAGUUCAGCCUAUGAGACACCAGAAGGAUUUCGCAGUCGGUGCAUAUACUGUUUCCUAUGUCCCCGUUGGGAAUCUGAUUAAAAGUGCAUGUGACUGUGGCGUCUAUGCAGUGAAGUUCAUUGAGUGCCAUGCGCUUGGAUUGGAGUUGUCGUUGUUGCAUGAUGGUAACAUUAUCGAAGCUCGCCAUAGGAUUUUAUGGGAUCUUUGGGAAGCAGCUAAUGAUCCGGAAUUGAUUGACAGGAUGUCAAAGUAUCAAUCCCCAGAGUUUCUCUCUUCGACUGUAGAGGAGAUUCUGUGA